AUGUGGUUAUUUGGAAAUAGGAUCAUCCGAUGGAUCACCACGAAAUUUACAAGGUCGCCCAAUGAUGAGGCAUUACAACGCAAUUCCGAAGUUGAGAGGCAUUUGAAAAUCGAAAGGAAAAAUGCGAACAAGACCUUUAAGAUCCUGUUACUUGGUGCCGGCGAGUCAGGAAAGUCGACAAUAAUCAAGCAAAUGCGCAUUUUGUACUCAGGUGGAUUCUCUGAGGGUGAACGCCGCGACACACGAGCAGUGAUCUACGAUAACAUCAUCAGCGCCUUCAAAGCAUUGCUGGACAUCAUGAGUGUAGAAAACAUUGGGUUUGGCACCGACAGUGCAAAGACAGAGCCCAAUGACUUUGCUGAGAGGUCGUCAUUGUGCGAUGCUGUUUCUGAUGCUAUGAGAUGUUUGUGGAUGGAUCCCGGAUUCCAAAUAGCAGUUGCUCGAAGCCACGACCUUCCCUUCCAUGAAAAUAUGCUUUACUUUUACAAUUCCAUCGACCUCGUUUCUACUCCUGGAUGGAUCCCAUGUGACCAGGAUUUCCUCCAAGCACGAUUUUGGACAACAGGGAUCGCCGAGACCACGUUCAAACUAGGCGCUACGAACCUCCGGAUGAUAGAUAUCGGUGGACAACGGUCAGAACGAAAGAAGUGGAUUCAUUGCUUCGAGGACGUUAGCUGUAUGAUUUUCGUGGCUGCAAUCUCCGGAUAUGACCAGCGCACAGCUGAAGAUCCUAAUGCUGUACGCCUGAUAGGUCUCCAAGAUUGUGAUAACGAAGCUCUAACCCAAUCGCGGAACCAAAUGCACGAAGCAUUCAUCCUGUUCGACUUGUUAGUUAACGGUGAACACUUCAAGCACACUCCCAUCAUCCUGUUCUUGAACAAGAUUGAUGUUUUCAAGAAAAAGCUCGCUGUUUCACCGCUGUCACAAUACUAUGCCGACUUCACCGGUAGUAAUACAGACUUAUAUGCCGCUGCAAGGUAUUUCGCCGAUCGUUUUCAGAGGAUCAACAAAACAAGAAACCGUGAAAUCUACAUAUUCUACACGAACGCCACCGAUUCAAAGUUAUUGGACGUGACGAUGGCCUCGGUACAAGAAGUGAUACUACGAAAGAAUCUUCGUACCUUCGGUCUAAGAACAUAUUGA